GGAUUGAGAAGCGUCAUGGCCAGCAUCUUGCAGGCCUCCCUGGCUGCUUUUCUCCUGCUGCCUAUGGCCACCGCCAUGCACUCUGACUGCAUCUUCAAGAAGGAGCAAGCCAUGUGCCUGGAGAAGAUCCAGAGGGCGAAUGACCUGAUGGGCUUGAACGACUCCUCCCCAGGCUGCCCUGGGAUGUGGGACAACCUCACGUGUUGGAAGCCUGCCCGCGUGGGUGAGAUGGUCCUGGUCAGUUGCCCUGAACUCUUCCGAAUCUUCAACCCAGACCAAGUGUGGAAGCUAGAAACCAUUGGGGAGUUCGAUUUCCCUGACAGUAACUCCUUGGAUCUCUCAGACGUGAGGGUGGUGAGCCGGAACUGCACCGAGGAUGGAUGGUCAGAGCCGUUCCCUCAUUACGUAGACGCGUGUGGGUUUGAUGACUAUGAUGAAUACGAGCCUGGGGACCAGGAUUAUUACUACCUGUCAGUCAAGGCCCUGUACACAGUUGGCUACAGCACAUCCCUUGUCACCCUCACCACUGCCAUGGUCAUCCUGUGUCGUUUCCGGAAGCUACAUUGCACCCGCAAUUUCAUCCACAUGAACCUGUUCGUGUCAUUCAUGCUGAGGGCCAUCUCCGUCUUCAUCAAGGACUGGAUCCUCUAUGCGGAACAGGACAACAACCACUGCUUCAUCUCCACGGUAGAAUGCAAGGCCAUAAUGGUUUUCUUCCACUACUGUGUCGUGUCGAACUACUUCUGGCUGUUCAUCGAGGGUCUGUACCUCUUCACCCUGCUAGUGGAGACCUUCUUUCCUGAGAGGAGAUACUUCUACUGGUACAUCAUUAUAGGCUGGGGGACCCCAACGGUGUGUGUGUCUGUGUGGGCCAUGCUGAGGCUCUACUUCGAUGACACAGGCUGCUGGGAUAUGAAUGACAACACAGCUCUGUGGUGGGUCAUCAAAGGCCCUGUGGUUGGCUCUAUAAUGAUUAACUUUGUGCUCUUCAUUGGCAUCAUCAUCAUCCUUGUGCAGAAACUUCAGUCUCCGGACAUGGGAGGCAAUGAAUCCAGCAUCUACUUCAGCUGCGUGCAGAAAUGCUACUGCAAGCCACAGCGGGCUCAGCAGCACUCCUGCAAGAUGUCAGAACUGUCCACCAUAACUCUACGGCUAGCCCGGUCCACCCUGCUGCUCAUCCCGCUAUUUGGAAUCCACUACACGGUAUUUGCUUUUUCCCCGGAGAAUGUCAGCAAGAGGGAGAGACUUGUGUUUGAGCUGGGGCUGGGCUCCUUCCAGGGCUUUGUGGUGGCUGUUCUCUACUGUUUUCUGAAUGGGGAGGUGCAGGCGGAGAUCAAGCGCAAGUGGCGGAGCUGGAAGGUGAACCGCUACUUCACCGUGGACUUCAAGCACCGGCAUCCGUCCCUGGCCAGCAGCGGGGUGAAUGGGGGCACCCAGCUCUCCAUCCUGAGCAAGAGCAGCUCCCAGAUCCGCAUGUCUGGCCUCCCGGCUGACAACCUGGCCACCUGAGCCCAGCCUCCCCUCCUUCUCUCCUCUGUACACGGGCUGGGGCUGCGGGCAGGCGCUGGCCCACGCAUGUUGAGCUUCUUUUCUCAC